GCGCACCGCUGACCCGCCAGUCGCAGCGUCCGCGGCCCGCAGCGGAACGGCGCGUUGAAGGACGGCGGUGCGGCGGGAGCCGGGAGGGGAGCGGCGCCUCGCUGCAGGAUCUACACCAGCUCUAUGACUGUUGACCCACGCUUGACCGCCUCAAGUGAUCCUGGCAUGAUGACAUCUUCCAGAUUCCCCAUCCUUCUAGCACUGGUCUUUUCUUCUUUGUCCCCUGUUCUUUCCCAUUCAAACAGGGAGAUGUGGUUUCAGGAUCUCUUUCCACCUAACACGUGCCCUAUAAAUGCCAAGACCAACACUUUUUAUGGCAUAAUGUUUGACGCAGGAAGCACUGGAACCCGGAUCCACAUUUAUACCUUUGUGCAGAAGAGCCCAGAAAUCCUUCCAGAGUUGGAAGGGGAAAUAUUUGAGUCUGUGAAGCCAGGUCUUUCUGCCUAUGCUGAUCAGCCUGAAAAGGGUGCUGAAUCCGUCAAAAAAUUGCUGGACAUGGCCGUAGAUGCUGUGCCACCUCAUCUCUGGAAGAAGACUCCAGUAGUGUUAAAAGCCACAGCUGGACUGCGCUUACUGUCAGAGGAGAAAGCUCAAGCUCUGCUCUCUGAGGUGAAAGAAGUCUUUGAGGAGUCACCAUUUCUUGUUCCAGAAGAUAGUGUUAGCAUCAUGGACGGGUCUUAUGAAGGAAUUUUAGCCUGGAUCACUGUGAACUUUUUGACAGGGCAGCUGUCUGGCCAUAACCAGCACACUACUGGGACCCUGGACUUGGGAGGAGCCUCAACCCAGAUCACAUUUCUGCCACAGUUUGAGGAAACCCUGAAGGAAAGCCCUAGUGAUUUUCUUACCUCAUUUGAAAUGUUUAACAGGACCUACAAGCUCUAUACCCACAGCUAUUUGGGUUUUGGAUUAAAAGCUGCCAGACUAGCAACUCUUGGAGCUUUGAAUACAGAAGUUGCAGAUGGACAAAUGUUCCGCAGCUCUUGUUUGCCAAAGCAACUGGAAGCAGAGUGGCACUUUGGGGGAGUGAAGUACCGGUAUGGGGGCAACAAAGAAGGAGAGACAGGAUUCAAGCCUUGCUAUCUGGAAGUACUGAAGGUUGUCAAAGGAAAACUGCACCAACCAGAUGAGAUUCGUGGAAGUUCCUUCUAUGCUUUCUCCUAUUACUAUGAUCGAGCAGCUGACACCAACCUAAUAGAUUAUGAACAGGGAGGAGUUCUGGAAGUGAGAGAUUUUGAAAGAAAAGCCAAAGAAGUCUGUGAUAACAUGGAGAGGUUCAGCUCAGCCAGUCCUUUCCUCUGCAUGGAUCUCACUUACAUCACUGCUUUAUUAAAGGAAGGUUUUGGAUUUAGAGACAACACACUCUUACAGUUAACAAAAAAAAGUGAACAACAUAGAGACAAGCUGGACUUUGGGUGCUACCUUUCACUUAUUGCAGUCUCUGGGGAUAACAUAUUGAACUGUGACAUUCCUAUGGAUUUCAGCAUUUCUGAAAGUUUGAGAAAGCAAACUGAAAUCACCAGGUAUGUUAUCCAACUGGAGUCAAUCACAGAGUGGAAAAUGGACCAAAGCUAUAAAACAGAUCCUCACCUGGGAUUGGCAUUGCACAUAAUGAACGUUGACACAAUAUAAUUGUGAUUGUCACAAAUAAUCCAGAAGCUGCCUUCUGAAAGUCAAAAGGCCUAAACUCCUGCAGCGUAUCUGCAAGAGACUCAAAGCCAGCUUUCACCAGCACAUUUGUAUAGCAUCCCAUUGCUAAAAGCACAGCAUAUUUGGGACGUGGUGGUAAAUUACAGAUGGUAUUUCUCCUCCCCCAUUUACUUUAAGCAUACAGUACUGAAGUUUGCUUGCAAGACAUUAAAUACAGAAAUUAUACAUGACACCAACAGCCAUUCAGAGAAAAUUAAACAAUAACCCUGGAUGCUCCCAGCCUCAGUGUUCAAAGUACCCAACUGUUAGCUAAUAUAUUACAAGAUGACAUCAGCCUUUCUAUAAGCACUCUUCGGGUAUAAUUUUAGGAAAGGUAUUGGCUGAAACAUAGGCUGUACCACACCAAGCAUUUCUUUCAGCAGUAGUUUCUUAAGCAACAUCUGUGCUGACAGACUGCAUGACUACCUUUGUGCUGCCCUUUAUAAGUUUGUACUGUAUGGCUGCACAUCUGGAUGUCAGGCCCUGAUUCAUUUUAGCAUCUACACUUGUAACACACAGUUGUGCAGGCACAAAACUCGGCAGCAAGAUAUGUACAUGUGCCAGAUAUUGAAACUCCACUGCCAAAAGAAAUGCUCAUCACAUUACACCACAAGGAAAUUAAGGAUGGGAUCAGACGAAGUGUCUGAUGUGAUAGUUCACAUUGCCUUGACUACAUUCUGUUCAGUAUGGAAUAUGGAACUUAAAGAUGAACUUAGCACAGGCUUAGGAACAGAGCUUUCAUUUACCCCUGCCUUAUGACAAACACUUUGUUCUUUUCAGGCAUUUGCACUUAUAUGUAUAUUAGACCACAUCUUUUUCACUUUGGUAAAACCCAAGAUUGGUCUCACACUACCUUCUCUGGAAAAUGGAUUUGAAAAUAAUUGUUAAUGCCCAGCAUGAGGAAGAAAUAGUGCACUCAAAUCCUAAUUAAUCUCAGCAAGUAGGUUGGAGUCCUAGGAAUUUGCCUUACCAUGAACAUUGGUCAUUUUCCUCUAAUUAGCAGCACAAGUCUGGCGAUGGCUGAUUAAGUUAUCCCAUUUCUCUGCCUCAGGUUUUAUGGUGCUAGGAUGCAAAGCAUGCUUUUGAUUGAACAAGCUUGGUCAGCACCAGGAGUCCAAGGAGCAGGGGGGAAGCAGCCUAUAACUGUCCCACUUUUGACACCUUGCUGUAAACUCAGACUGUUUCUUUGGAAUAUGAAAUGAGCAUCCUACUUGUGCUCCUUACCAGAAUCAGUUAGAGAGAUGCACGUUAGGAAAUGCAUCAGCACCACAGCAAACUUCUGUUCCUCUGUCACUACAACAAUUUGUUUGAGCAGGAAGAAAGUAGCCAUGGAAUCCAGCCUUUUCUUUAUGAGGAACCUUUCUUAUUCCCCUGCUUACCAUUUGGCAAAACUUAGUGCAUGGUCUGCAUGCAUGGUUUCAACAACAAGGUGACAAAAAGCAUAUUCAUCUUCUGAACAACCAAUUUUCUUCACCUUUGUAUUCUUUGGAGAACACAAAGAAGGUUGCAGUGAUUAAUAGCCAAGCAUGUUACUCCUGAGAAGUAGCAGCUAAUGUAAUGAAUCAAAGGCUUCCAGUCUGAGCCAAUGGUAUGAUAAACUCUCUCAGCAGAUCCUGAGGCCAAGAGCCACAAGCAGUGAGGCUGUACUUGAAACACAAAAGCAAGGCGGGGUAUUAUUUUUAAGGCACAAGCAGAAGCUUAUCUGCCAAGUGAAUAAAGCCUAGCCCUGACAAGUACCUGAGGGUUUGGUUUUGUCCUGAGGGAGGAUAUCUAGAAGACGACAUACUAUGUGGAGAAAGUUUCUUUUCUUUGCCUCAAACUCUGGUACUACAAAUCCUAGGUGGGAGCAUCCAUUAUCCUGUACCAAAGUUGCAUUAAAUCUGAACACUCAGGGCCUUCAUUUGUCAGUGGCACAAUUCAUUAGCUGAAACUCACCUCUACCAGGGGUCUGAUCCUGCAGUCACAAGAGAAACAAAAACUAAGCUCAAAGGUUUCUUUUAGAAGAAAUUGCAGAAUUGAGCUCUUACUGUUUACAUCUGAAUUACUAAAAGUGGAUUGAGGAUAUAGGGAAGCCAGUCAUGUCCUCACACUCUAGUGCAAUGAUUUUAUUUAUUAGCUUAACUAAAAACUAAGCAGCCUUUUAAGGGAAGAGUUCUACUUGCACCGCUGAUUUUUAUCUUCUCCUUUGUUAAGUCUCUUAUCCUGACUACCAGGAACUGCUUAGUAUGUGUGACUGAGGAAGCACGAGUGAUGGCUUUCAGUACAAAACUUAUGUUUAAUUAUUUGUGAUUUUAAUUCCUGAUACUGGUUACCGUAUCUACAAAUCUCACCCAGUAGCAGUGCUCACUCAAUGUUGUGAAUCUCAAGUGUCUAAUGCAGGAGGGCUGGCAUUUGGAACAUAAGACAGAAUAUCUUGAUUUUCUAUUUUAGUAAUUAAAGCAUUUUUAACAAUA